ACAAAAAGUUGUUCAUACUAUAAAACCCGUUAUCCUAAGUGAGGAUUUUUGGGUCAGUGUGGAGGGUGUAAUAAACCUUUUAAAGCCCAUAACACAAAGUAUAACACUUCUGGAAGGUGAUAGUCCUUCUAUUCAUUUAGUGUGCAAAUCCUUCAAUGCAAUAAAUUUAGAAUUUGAUUCUAAUUUACAACUGCUAAAAUUACAAGAAACGGAGAGGAAUAACAUAUUACAAAAAUUUUCAGAAAGGCAGCAGUAUGCAAUGCAACCUGUCCACAUGGCUGCUGAUCUGUUAAAUCCUCACUCUGUUGGCUCAUACUUGUCAAGUGAACAAAAAAUGCGUGCUAUGAAGUUUAUUAAUGGUUUGGCAAAAGACACGAUGUUGCCAACUGCAAUAGCAGAAUUAGGUCACUACAUGGGCAAACUCCAUUUCUUUGCAGAGAAUUUUUUGUGGGAAGUACUACCUACGGUUGAUGCAAUAACUUGGUGGAAAGGUUAUUGUGGAGAUCUCUCACUUUCAAAAUUAGCUGUACGGAUUCUCACAAUGCCAUGUACAUCAGCUGCCACCGAAAGAAGCUUUAGCACUCAAAGUUUAAUUCACACAAACAGAAGAAAUAGGUUAACAAGCAAAAGAGCUAUAAAACUAAAUUAUAUUCAGCACAACAGUAAAUUGUUUAGUUCUCAAGAACCUACGACGGUUCAGGAUGACAGAAACUUCCAGCAUCAGCAAUCAAAUAUUAAUAACCCUGAAGCACCACCUACUAGCAGUUCCAAAGAAAAGUACUCACGAAAAUCAUUCUCAACCAAUCAAGUUUGUUCAGAGAGUUCUGAUUCUGACUCUAAUAUUUCGUGGACGUCGGAUAUAGAAGGAAAUGGAAACUCUGACGAUGACUUUAGUUACAAUGAUACCCCGUCUGAUGCAGAAGAGGAGCAUAUUGAUGAAACUCCCCAAACCAAAGGACAGAAACGCAAACGCGAUACUACUUGUCUACUUAGUGCAAGUCAUAUUGCUGGUUCCGACAGUAAAGAUGAUUCAUUAGAAGUACUGAACUGCAGUAUACAUAAUGCAGAUGAGUCCGUAUAUGAUCCUGAUCCCCAAGAAUCCCUACUCGAAUCUGAUCUUCAGUCAAUAAGCUGUAAGUCGUUUUACAAAGAAACAAUACCGAUAACACGCAGAAAGUAGCGUAAAGUACAAGUACAAGUGAUUCAACCAUUUUAGUUAAUUAAAGAAGACUGUGAAUUUCUUUUUUAUUAGUUUGAUAAGUAGUUCAUUUGUUUCGUGCUAUAGCAUAAGUUUAUGUCUAUUAUACAAUGUUACUUUGGGUUAGGAGUUUAAGUUUUUAGUUUUUCUUAUGUUGAUUUACAAUAUACCUACUUCUAAACGUAUUACCCAUGAGUCUUUUCCAGCAAAGUAUCAAACAUCCACACUACACAAUAAAAUAUCUUCCAAAACUCGUAUAUUUCAUAAAUUUCAUAAAUUACAGACAAAACUGUAAGUU